CAGAAUCUGACCUGCACGGUGCUAUCAGUGCUUGAGUAAUAAGCCGUCAGAACCAGAUUUGUUCGAGGUCGUUUCUCAUAAUGCAUUAACAAUCAAGUUAUAGUCUCGUCCUGAUCCGCUGCGGUUCAGUUCCCCGCACUUAUCAGUAUUAGUAGCUUCCACCUGCCCCUCCAGCCUGGUCACGAAAUAUCGAGCGACAAAGGCAUCACCUCGCCGUCUUCUCCAUUUAUCCCACCGGUGCUAUCUCCAUCCUCGCCGACUCUAACAACUAACCACUGCAGCUUGCAAAAUGUUUGUCUCACGUUUCCACUGUUCUUUGCGCUCCCCCUCUUCCUUUGUCUCGUCUCUCCGGUAUCCAGUCUCUAUAGCCAACAGGCGCGCAAUAUCAUCGCACGAGAAACUCCGGUCUUACCUUGUUACCCCAGCAGAGCUCAAUUCGGCCCUAAAACUCAAUGCCAGCAAGCUCUCGCACGAACCUCGUAUCAUUCCUCUCUGUGCAUCCUGGUUCCUUCCCAAUGACGACCGCAAUGGCUACGAAACUUUUCUUGCGCAGCACAUCCCCCAUUCUCAAUUCUUCGAUCUAGACGCUGUCAAGGAUGUGCAUUCGCCGUACCCCCACAUGCUCCCUUCCCCUUCCGAGUUCGCUGACGCAGUGAGACAUCUGGGUAUCCGCCGCGAAGACAGUGUAGUCGUGUACGAUAGCAAGGAGCUAGGCAUCUUUUCUGCGCCCCGCGUCGGCUGGACAUUUCAAGUUUUUGGUCAUCCAAGAGUCCAUGUACUCAACAACUUCCGCAAGUGGGUCGAUGAGGGAUACCCCACGGAAAGCGGCGAGCCCAAGACACCUGAGAUAACCGAGUACGAGGUACCGCAGUUGGAUGAGAAGAAAGUCAUUGCUUUCGAAGAAGUCAAAGAAAUCACAAAAGAGCUGGGCAGAGAGGGAGCUGAUGAGGUGCAAAUCUUGGAUGCGAGGAGUCUGGGAAGAUGGAAGGGUGUUGACCCAGAGCCCAGAGAAGGCUUAUCCUCCGGCCACAUUCCUUUCUCCAUCUCCGUACCAGUCGCUGACCUCCUCGACCCCAAUGACAAGACUCUCCUCCCCGCUUCCAAGCUCAAGGCCGUCUUCGAAUCCAAGGGCAUAAAGCCCGAUGUACCUAUCAUCAGCAGCUGCGGCACAGGCGUUACCGCAGCCAUUAUCGAUGCUGCCCUGACCGAAGCUGGAUACCCGACACAACAGAGGCGUCUAUAUGAUGGCAGCUGGACGGAAUGGGCUCAGCGCGUCAAGCCUACUGAGGGUCUCAUCCACAAGACACUGUAGAUAAGCAGGGGACACACGAGAGGUUGAUAUGACAUGCAACCCGUUCUCUUAAAAGAAUUUGAUACCCUUCUCAAAUUUUGUGUAUAAAUAAUUUAGUUAAGAAAUGUAUAUGCGCCAAGAGUUCAAAAGUACUCGUGAACACGCUCUUCUAA